GCAGAGCGGCGGAGCCCUGAAAAGUGGAGCGGGCACUGAGUCAGCUGCUCAAGUAUGCUGCAAAGCAGGGACUGCCGGCCCUGCCGCCCCCGCGGGUGAGCAGGAGCUCCGGCAGCGCCGCCACCGACGCGCGCGCGGCUUUCCCGGCUCCGGAGCUUCCCUCCCCCGCGGCGCUGGGCUGGGUGAAGCCUAAGCUGAGGCUGCGGAGGGUGGCAGGAGGAAGAGGAGGAGGGAGGAGGAAGAGGAGGAGGAGACACCUGGACCUGGGAGCUGGGGGCGCGGCUCUUCCGGGUUGCGCCGCCGCCUCCCCGCGCCGCCCGCCAGUCGGAUCGCUAGCUAGCUAGCUAGCUUGUCUGCCACCUCUCCCAGGUGUUUCCCGGAGUCCAGGUGCGCACCCAGGCAGCCCCAGUCCUCUCCCCGGCUUUGACAGCGCCGCACGCGCCCUCCCACCCGCAGCAGGGAAGAGAGAGGAGCCAGCAAGGAGGUAGAGGAGGAAGGGGGAGGCAGAGAGAAAGGGAGUGAAGGGACGUCCGAGAGAUCGGAGCACCAUUGGCCUUGGAGACGUCGGUGUCCCUGUUGCGUUCCGUCCUGAGUUGAAACAAGAGUUCAGAAUGGGGAGAGGGAUACUGUCCCGAAGAACUUAAUAUGCCCCGAUGCAUGGAGGAAGAUCCAGUUCUGACAUCCUUUCCCGGGCCUUUGCUGUCUUAGACGUAAGACAAGGGUUAGGAAUGAAGCCACCAAUAUGUCCUCCGUCAGUGAAGUGAACCCUGAGCUCCGAGAAUUGUUAACCAACAUUAACUUGGAGCAAUAUCUUGGGUGCUUCCAGCAGUCGGGCUACCACACGCUGAAGGACUGUGCCCAGAUCAAUGACGGCAUCCUACAGAAAAUUGGAGUGUUGCCCACCGGCCAUCGAAGGAGGAUUCUCAAACAGUUAGAGAUGAUCCUUUCAAGACUGCCCGAGCCAGUGGUGUAUGCAAACAUUCAGAAAAGAAAGAAGGAGCCAGAGCUCUUCGAGGACGCACAGCCUUCGUCAGCCGGCCCAGAGAGCUGGGGACAAAUCUCGAGUGUGUGUGGGAAUCACAGCGCCGGCCCCGAGCCUUUGGAGGCUUCUGCCACAGUUGGUGGCAGACAUGAUAUCUGUAAUGAAAACAGGCCGUCUACAGAAUCAGUGGGUACAUCUUCCCCCUCUCAGCACAGCGAUUCUCCUCUUGUAGACACGGCGUCCCUGCAGAAUUUGGAUGCUUGUCAAGAUCUUGCCCUUGACGGUGGAAAGGCAGAGAAUGCAACUUCGGUUACAAAAAAGAAUGUAGAUUACGCAGAGGGAAAUGAACCAAUAGGGAAAGUUGGUUGGAAUGUAGAUAGUCCUGGGGUGUCUCAUAAUGAAGAGAGGGGACCUCUUUCCUCCCUGGAUUAUUCUAGUUCCAAAACAGGUUCUGAAAACAAGCCUGGGAUUCUCUCCGCUAAACCCCCCUCAUCGCCAUUCUUUGAAUUUAAAGGAGAGAUGAUUGUCAAUGACUUGUAUGUAUCGUCGACCCAAAGCCCAGUGCCCAUGAGGAGUCGUAGUAAAUUGGUUUCCAGACCAUCACGAUCUUUCAUGUUAAGACACCGGCCUGUGCCAGAAAUCCCUGUGACAUCCAAAGGAGCUAUUUCAGGGAGCUAUGCCCGUGAGAGGAGAAAUGGUGGUAACUCCAAUGGAAAGACCUUGCAACAAUCACUUGAAGAGCAGUCAUCUUUGAUCUUUCCAUAUGGGGAUACUUUUAUUUUUAAGAGCAAGAACACAGAAAAUUCCAAGAAAUCCUUGAAGAAUGAAUUUUGGACUGUUGAAGAAAAAAUUAAAAAGGAAGCAGGUCCUGAAAUGAGUUCAUUUUUUGAACAAUCAAGCAUAUAUGAUAACCGAAUGAAAACAUGUGAAGACAAAGUAGAAGAUAUUUGGAUACCUCGAGAGGACAAAACUGCUUUUCCAUUAGAUUCUGCUUCUGAGUCAGAAUAUUCCACAGUGGAAGAAUGUUUUAAUAGUUUAAGAAGAAGGAGUUCUAAGACAUCCAAGUCAAGGGCUCAAAAAGGGAGUUUGGACUUGGCUGCUAACAGGCACAGUUAUCCACUAAGUUCUAUUAGUGGAUUUGUUGAUCAGCCAACCUUGACCUCAAACUCCAUAUCACCGUAUGCAUGUUAUUAUGGAUCAUCAGCAAAAAAAGUCAAAUCUGGAUGGUUGGAUAAACUCUCUCCUCAAGGAAAACGUAUGUUUCAGAAGCGGUGGGUGAAAUUUGAUGGCUUUUGCAUUUCCUAUUACAAUAAUGAAAAGGAGGUAUAUUCAAAAGGAAUAAUUCCUCUCUCUGCUGUAUCAACAAUCCGGGGUCAGGGAGACAGCAAAUUUGAAGUUGUUACAUCACAAAGGACUUUUGUAUUUAGAGUAGAAAAAGAAGAAGAGAGAAAUGACUGGAUCACCAUUCUGCUCAAUGCACUAAAAUCUCAACCACUUGCUCCCCAGUCUCGGGCAGUUCUACCUGAGAAGUGUGGAUAUCUUGAAUUAAGAGGAUACAAAGCUAAAAUUUUUACUGCUUUGAAUGGAAGCAAUGUGUGGCUCUGCAAAAAUGAGCAGGAUUUUAAGAGUGGACUUGGAAUUACAGUAAUUCCAAUGAAUUUAGCAAAUGUUAAACAUGUGGAUCGGACUGUAAAACAAUCUUUUGAAAUCAUUACUCCCUAUAGAAGUUUCAGCUUUACAGCAGAGUCGGAAAAAGAGAAGCAAGAGUGGAUUGAAGCCGUGCAGCAAUCGAUAGCAGAAACUCUCUCAGAUUAUGAAGUAGCUGAGAAGAUUUGGUUCAAUGAGUCAAACAAGAACUGUGCUGAUUGUAAAGCACCAGAUCCUGACUGGGCAUCCAUCAAUCUUUGUGUUGUCAUUUGUAAGAAGUGUGCAGGACAACACAGAUCUUUAGGACCAAAAGAUUCUAAAGUUCGCAGUCUAAAAAUGGAUGCCAGCAUUUGGAGCAAUGAACUCAUUGAGCUUUUUAUUGUCAUCGGGAACAAAAGGGCAAAUGACUUUUGGGCUGGAAAUCUUCAAAAAGAUAAAGAAUUACAAAUAAAUGCUUCAGUAGAAGAAAGAAAACUUUUUAUUACCCAGAAAUAUAAAGAAGGACGAUUCAGAAAAACCCUUUUAGCCUUUCUUACCAAAGAAGAAUUAAACAAGGCCUUAUGUGCUGCAGUAGUUAAACCAGAUGUUCUUGAAACAAUGACGUUAUUAUUUAGUGGAGCUGAUGUAAUGUGUGCAACUGGAGAUCCUAUUAACAGCACCCCCUACUUACUAGCUAAGAAAGCUGGACAAAGUCUGCAAAUGGAAUUUCUCUAUCAUAAUAAAUUCUCAGAUUUCCCAAAACAUGACAUUCAUUUUGAAAGUGGCUUACCUCAAGAAUCUUCACAUUCUACUUUUCUCUGUGACUUUUUGUAUCAAGUUCCAUCUGUGGCUGCUAAACCAUCUACAGAGAAAAAAAUGAUUGAAGAAACAAAUAAAAAAUGGUGUGUUUUGGAAGGGGGCUUCUUGAGUUAUUAUGAAAAUGAUAAGGCAACAACUCCUAAUGGCACGAUUAAUAUGAAUGAAGUUAUCUGCCUUGCAAUACACAAAGAGGACUUCUAUAUAAACACCGGGCCCAUCUUUAGCUUUGAAAUAUAUUUAGUCUCUGAGCGUGCUUUUUUAUUUGGUGCUGAAACUUCUCAGACUCAAAGAAAAUGGACCCAAGCAAUAGCAAAGCAUUUUGUCCCCUUUGUUGCUGAAAACUUAGCAGAAGCUGAGUAUGAUUUGAUUGGUCAGUUGUACUACAAAGAUUGCCAUACCCUGGAUCAGUGGAGAAAAGGAUGGUUUGCUAUGGACAAGUCUAGACUACAUUUUUGUCUUCAAAUGGAAAAUGCUGAAGAAGAAUUGAUGUAUUUAAGGAGAUUACAGGAACUAACAAUCAGCACAGUGGUUCAAAAUGGAGAAAAAAUAGAUGUCUUGCUAUUGGUUGAAAAAGGAAGAACAUUAUACAUCCAUGGUCAUACUAAGUUGGAUUUCACAGUCUGGCAUACUGCAAUUGAAAAAGCUGCAGGUACAGAUGGUAAUGCAUUACAAGACCAGCAGCUCAGCAAAAAUGACGUUCCCAUUAUAGUGAACAGCUGUAUAGCAUUUGUUACACAGUAUGGUUUGGGAAGCAAGCAUAUCUAUCAGAAAGACGGUGACUCUUUCCAUGUAAGUGAGCUUCUGGAAAGUUUCAGAAAAGAUGCGAGAAGCUUUAAAUUGAGGGCUGGGAAGCAUCAGCUGGAAGAUGUGACUGGCGUGUUGAAAAGUUUUCUGUCUGACACAGAUGAUGCACUUCUUACUAAAGAGCUGUAUCCAUACUGGAUCUCCACAUUAGAUACUCAAGAUGAUAAAGAAAGAGUUAAAAAAUAUAGUACAUUUAUACGCACACUUCCAGGGGUCAACAGGGCAACUUUGGCUGCUAUCAUUGAACACCUUUACAGGGUUCAGAAAUGCUCAGAAAUCAACCAGAUGAACUCUCACAGUUUAGCUAUGGUAUUUUCAUCCUAUUUGUUUCAAACUAAAGGACAAACUAGUGAAGAAGUAAAUGUCAUUGAAGACCUAAUUAACUAUUAUGUUGAAGUGUUUGAGAUUAAAGAAGAUCAAGUCAGACAAAUGGAUAUAGAGAAUAGCUUUAUUACCAAAUGGAAAGAUACUCAAGUUUCACAAGCUGGAGAUUUGCUAAUUGAAGUUUUUGUUGAGAAAAAAGAACCUGACUGUAGUAUAAUAAUAAGAAUAUCACCUGUGAUGGAAGCAGAAGAAUUGACAAAUGAUAUACUAGCAAUAAAGAAUAUCAUCCCUACCAAAGGGGACAUAUGGGCUACAUUUGAAGUCAUUGAAAAUGAAGAACUUGAGCGCCCUCUUCACUACACCGAGAAUGUGCUGGAACAAGUUCUUCAGUGGAGUACAUUAGCAGAGCCUGGCAGUGCCUACUUAGUGGUGAAGAGAUUCCUAACCAUGAAUGUAAUUAAACACUACAAUGAAAAACUGACAUCAUUGCAGAAAUAUUUAUUGCUCUGCAACUCUGUGCAGAAAAGGAACAAGGAGAAAAGUGCAAUGGAAAGUGUAAAAGAAGGAGUCAUGAAAUUCAAGGAAGAACCUUCUAAAAUAUUAUCCGGAAAUAAAUUUCAAGAUCGGUACUUUGUUUUGCGGGAAGGCUAUCUCUUUCUUUACAAGGAUAUAAAGAGUAGCAAAGCAGAUAAAAUGCUCCCUCUAAACUCUCUGAAGUUUUAUCUUGGUGUGAAAAAGAAAAUGAAAACUCCAACAAGUUGGGGACUGACAGCAUAUUCAGAGAAACACCACUGGUAUAUGUGUUGUGAUGGUCCGCAAACACAGAUGGAAUGGUUUAGCAGUAUUUUUCUUGCCCAGCAUGAUAAUGAUAUAUGGCCACCUGCUGGAAAAGAGCGUAAGCGAUCUAUUACCAAAAAUCCCAAAGUUGGUGGUUUGCCUUUAAUUCCCAUCCAGCAUGAGAAAAAUACUAACCAAGCCAGAAGAAAUAUAGAGAAUGCAAAAGCAGGAGUGGAAAGGCUGAAGCCCCCUGAAAAGCUGGACAAAGAGCAAAUAGAAGGCAGUUUAAGAGAGCGAGCCUCCAUGGUGGCCCAUUGUCUGGAACGCAAGGAAGAAAAACACCGAAAUCGGACUAAAAAACACCGCAGCUUAAAUUGUCUGGAGGACACAGGCGCGGAUAUUCUCCACAGCCAACAAAAAGCACAGAAAGACUUCAAGAUUCUGAAGAAGACUGAGGACAAGAGUAGCAAAUCUAGCCCGGAAACAGAUAACAAAUUACCAUCCAAAGUGAUCGAGGAACUCAAUGUUGUUCUGCAGAGAACAAGAACCCUCCCCAAAGAUCCGUGAUGGGCGUUUGGUUUCCUUUAGAUCGUGUAUAAUAGACUCUUGGUUCAUGCCCAGAUCGACCGCUGCUGGUCUCCCGAUUUGUAAUGACUACCCCGUGCCAAGAGGGUGAGUGUGUGUAAACGCCAAGUGAGGAUGGUGAGAUUUUCUGUGGCAAAUAGAGGUGGGUGUAACGUUAGCGUGGAAUCACUCACUUUUGCAACGCCGGAGGUUCGCUCUGCCUCGGAGAAGUGGCAGAGACGGUGAUGAAAAGGGGACGCCUCGCCACGCACUGUAUGUAGUAUAUGUAUAGAACGUGUUUUUUCCCUCAAUGAUUUCAUUGAAGUUGAUACUCUAUGUAACACAUAUUGCACUUUGAGAAACCGUGUGUUAAGUUGCUGCAUGAUGUUAGGUUUACAGAGGAGACGCCUCCAGGGGACGCGGUUACGUGUGGCUCAAUCUGAAUUAGUCUUUGAAAAGAGGGGAAGAACAUCCCAGAUUCUUCCCGACCAGGGCGGGGGCGGGACGAGCUCCCGGGUCUGCUUCGGGUCUGCUUCGGGUCCGCGGUGACCGACGCCGUCUCUGCAAGAAGGGAAUUCAGCACUUUGUCUGUGGGGUUUUCCGUGGGACGGUUCCGAUGACUACAGGGCCUUCCUCUAGACGUGGGGCCCUUUUCUUAGUGUUUUGAGUGAAAUAAGCCAUAGAUUACAGGACUAACUUUUCGUUCUUUUUAGCUGACUUGAAAGGCCAAUGGAUUACAAAGUGAUGGGCAAGCCUUGAAAGGAGCACAAUGAUUCUGUAUUUUAUUUAUUGCCUGUGGAAGAGCAAUCUGUUGAAUCCAUAUAGCUAUGUCCCCCUCUGUCCCCCUACAGAUAUAUGGACAUGUAUGUCGGGGUGUAUGUACAGAAAUAUACACACAUGAUAUGUAUAUAAUUGAUGUCGAUAAUCUAUGCUCCUUUCAAGAUUUGCUCAUCAGUUUGUAGUUGGUAAAGAAGCAAAUGUACAUGUAUGCAUGGGCACAUGCACAUAUGUGUAUCAUUGUGUGUGAAGCACAGAAAUCAUUAAGGUUCCUCUUCCCCAUCAGGUAGAACUAAACUGAAAAAAGUGAGACGUGAUAUAACUAUUUGACUGUUGAUGUCUCAUUUGAAUGCCCUGGGUCAUAGAGUCAUAAAAGGUUGGCACUAGAAGGGACAUUGGCAUGGAUCUAGCCCAACUUUUACAUUUUACCAGUGAGGAAGCUACGGCACUUCAGGCCUAUGUGAUUUGCUCAAAAUCAAUUUUUUUCUAAAGUCGUUUCUGGUCUUCUCUUAAUUUAAAAGACAGUCACCUAAUAAACUAUGAAAAAGGCAGGUAUUCAAUAUCAACAUAAAAAGAUAUUAAUGUCCUUUUCCAUUCCAGAUCAAAUUUUUGUAAAGCACUUAACACAGAGCCUGGCACUUAGUAGGUACUUAAUAAAUGUUUGCUGCCUUCCACCCUGCUGAAUUGGUCCCUGAGUGUGAUUUGCUCUUGACACUCCCCAGCUCCUAAUUUAACACUGGAUUAGGCACCUUUAUCCACUAGUUUUCAAGCCUGGAGGAAGCAUGAUACAGUGAAAAAGAUCCCUGGCUCUGAAGUCGGAGGAUUAAGGUUCAAAUCAUGCCUCUGACAUCCCAGACCCUUCACCUCCUUGCCCCGAGUGUACGGGUCUGACAUGAAGGCGUCGGUGUUAGCUGAGCAUCGAUGUCCCUCUCUGCUUUAGUUCUGUGAUCUUUACAGAUAAUGUAAAUUUUUGUGUUGGAAAGCAUCUACUCAGCACAGUAUUUUCUUUCCUGGCACUCUUCCUUUCAUUAUGAUUCACUUGUCUUUUAAAUGUCUAGUGCUCAUCUGUUCUAGAAAUAUCAUCAAGAAUGAUCAUACUCUUUGGCCAGUACAGAAACUCAUGGCGCAUUCCGUGAUUUAUGGGGCCAUCAUUGUUUCUCCAGUGGUGGUAGGCUAAAUAAGUGCUUCAGGCAGCAGAGAGUACUCAGUGAAGGGAGGAAGCUGCUCUUUAAGUGGAAAUGACUUGUAAAACGAAUGAAAAACUGCAGGACAGUUUAUGAAGUAUUCACAAUUGUUUGGGAACUUCUGUUGGCAGAAACUAUGACAGGUGAAAGAAAAAUCAAUCACAAAUGAACUGCUAUUCAGAAUCAGUCGUGCUUUAGUUUAGUUUUUGUUUUUAAGUAUGGAGGCAUGCUGAGCAUGAUCUGUUUUGAAAUUGGUCUCUUUUUAAGGAAAGUUUCCACAGGAUUUGAUGUAUCCCAAUAUAGGAUAUAGGUUUUACAAGGAUCAAUUCCUAUCCCUUCAAACAUCACCUCCUUUAUUUUUCUACUCUGUUAUUAUAAGAAUCAAAUGCCCUCCUGUAUGUAAAGUGCCUUGUAAAGUGCUUUGUAAAUGCCAAUUUUUAUUUGUUUGUAACUAUGCCUUAAGAAUUCUGUAAAAAUAGGCUUUUAAAAAUCUGUUUAAAUGUGACUGCAGUUCUUCCCAAGGAUAUGCACACGUUGAAAAUGGUUCCGUUAUAAAGAAGUACCAGUUUACUUGAAACAGGUGGUGCCUGGUGUUCCCAGACUGUGGCUGAACUUUCUGCAAUUUAGGAUUCUGACAUCAUCAAUAAAAAAGGGGGGGGAGGGGGAUCCUUUCAAAAUCUGGUGGCACUGUUUUGUUUCACUAACAUUCAUUUCAAGUACAUUAUUCUGCUGUUCUAUUUAAAUUAUAUAACCUGAUGGCUCCUUAAUGCUGCACUGAGAAUUCAAUGUCAAGUCAAAAGCAUCUGGAGCAGAAAUUUGACUUUUGUGCAACUAGAUGCUUGUUUGCCCUAUUAUUUUUUAUCACCCUUCAAUUCUGAAAUGUGUAUGUGUUGUAUAUUGCCAGAAUAAAUAAUAUUUUCUUCAAAA